AUGCCCCCCAUCCUGCCACGCUGCCCCCACCUCCUCCUGCUUCUGCUGCUGGCCUGCCAGCCACAGGCCCCCUCCGCUCAGGUGAUGGACUUCCUGUUUGAGAAGUGGAAGCUCUAUGGCGACCAGUGUCUCCACAACCUGAGUCUGCUGCCCCCCCCAACUGAGCUGGUCUGUAAUAGAACCUUUGACAAAUAUUCCUGCUGGCCGGACACCCCUCCCAACACCACAGCCAACAUCUCCUGCCCCUGGUACCUGCCCUGGCACCACAAAGUGCAGCACCGCCUCGUCUUCAAGAGGUGUGGGCCUGAUGGGCAGUGGGUACGUGGGCCGCGGGGGCAGCCAUGGCGAAAUGCCUCCCAGUGCCAGAUGGACGACAAGGAGCUUGAGGUCCAGAAGGAGGUGGCCAAGAUGUACAGCAGCUUCCAGGUGAUGUACACCGUGGGCUACUCCCUGUCCCUGGGGGCCCUGCUCCUGGCCCUGGCCAUCCUGCUGGGCCUCAGCAAGCUGCGCUGCACCCGAAACUACAUCCACGUGAACCUGUUCGUGUCCUUCGUGCUCAAGGCCAGCUCUGUGCUGGUCAUCGACACGCUGCUCAAGACCCGCUACAGCCAGAGGAUUGGGGACGACUUCAGCGUGAGCGUCUGGCUGAGUGACGGGGCGGUGGCCGGCUGCCGGGUGGCCGCGGUGUUCAUGCAGUACGGCGUCGUGGCCAACUACUGCUGGCUGCUGGUGGAGGGCGUGUACUUGCACAGCCUGCUGAGCUUCGCCACCAUCCCUGAAAGGAGCUGCUUCCCCCUCUACCUGGGCAUCGGCUGGGGUGCCCCCGUGCUGUUCGUCACCCCCUGGGUGGUGGUCAAGUGUCUGUUUGAGAACAUCCAGUGCUGGACCAGCAAUGACAACAUGGGCUUCUGGUGGAUCCUGCGCUUCCCCGUCUUCCUGGCCAUCCUGAUCAACUUCUUCAUCUUCACCCGCAUCCUGCACCUCCUGGCGGCCAAGCUGCAAGCCCACCAGACGCGCUACACUGACUGCAGGUGCCCGCUGGCCAAGUCCACGCUGACCCUCAUCCCCCUGCUGGGGGUCCACGAGGUGGUGUUCGCCUUCGUGACCGACGAGCACGCCCAGGGCACCCUGCGCUCCGCCAAGCUCUUCUUUGACCUCUUCCUCAGCUCCUUCCAGGGCCUGCUGGUGGCUGUUCUCUACUGUUUCCUCAACAAGGAGGUGCAGUCGGAGUUGCUGCGGCGCUGGCACCGCUGGCGCGAGGGCAAAGCACUGCAGGAGGAGUGCCGUGUCGGCAGCCACACGGCCAGGCCCACUGGCGGCCCCCCCAGUGAGAAGCUGCUGCUCUCAAGGGGCGGUGGCAGCAACAGGACUAGCCAGGACCCCUCUGCGGAGACCCACUUGGCUGGCGGCCUCCCUGGAUUGGCUGAGAACCCCUUCUGA